UUAUCAUCAUGAAUUAGAUAGAUGAUUUGGCCAUUUCCUUCUUUCCGUGGCUCGCCAGCAUCAUGAUCCAGGCAAUCGCCUCCGUGCUUGUGGGAGUCGUUUUGCUUGCCUAUGUGACCGAAUACCUGUUGAGCAUCAGAGACGACCCUCGAGAGCCUAUCCGCCUUCGGCCGAAGGUACCGGUGAUCGGACACAUACUUGGACUCAUAAGAAAUGGCCCGUCGUAUCAUAGCCAGCUGAGGACUGCUACCGACCAGGAAAUAUUCACACUGGGAAUCUUCAAUUUCAAGCUCUACACGAGCGUCUCAACGCGACUGUUACCAGCUAUCCAGCGACAAUCGAAGACGCUAUCCUUCCGACCCCUCAUUCAGCAUGUGGCUCGCCGAUGGGGAGAUGCGAGCGACCAGACGAACGAGAUAUUUGGCGGACCGCAUUUGGUCACCAAUUUCAGCCAUGCCAUGAAGCUAAGCUUGGCACCGGGUCCACACCUGGAUGCGCAGAAUGAGAGAAUGGGAAAAAGGGCUUUGGUGGAUAUUGAUGCUUUGCUUGGUCCCUUGACUGUAGAGCAGCAGGGGAUGUGCCAAAUCAAGCUACUGGAAUGGGUGCGACAUGCGAUUAUGCAGGCAUCGAGCUGUGGGGUGUAUGGGACAGAACACCCUUUUCUUGACGUUGAAGUGGAGAAGGCAUUCUGGACAUGGCACGCUCAUCUCUCCGCCCACAUAUCGGGAUUGAACUUCGACCUGCUUGGAAAAGGCUAUGCCGCUCGUCAAAAAGUCUUUGAUGCGCAUGUGAGAUACUGCAGGAAUGUUCCGUCGGACGCGUCGCCUCUUUUUACAGAGCGCUGGCGCGUCUUACAGGAGGCCGGCAUUUCAGAGGCGGAUUGCAUCAAGCAACAGGCCACUCUCCCGAUCGGAAUGUUGAGCAACACUGUGCCAACAUUCUACUGGACCAUCUGGGAACUGUUCUCUCGGAGAGAGCUUCUUCGCGAGGUCCGACAAGAGCUGGAAGCGCAAGCCAUCAUAAAGCAGGACGAUGGGUACGCGCUCGACGUUGGUUCUCUCAAGUCCAAGUGUCCACUUCUGCUCUCGGUCUUCCAAGAAACGCAACGCGUUCGACACAUCCACGCCGCCAUUCGCAGAGUCAUGAAAGACACCCUGUUAGAUGGAAAGUAUUUCCUGCGAGAAGGAAACUAUCUACAAAUGCCAGGACACUCAAUCCAUUCGAACACGAACAUCUGGGGCCCAUCGGCGCGAGAGUUCGACCCGUAUCGAUUUAUCAAGGCAGCAAAACCCGCUGGCAGCGACUUUUUGGCAUGGGGCGCACCUCCACAUCUGUGUCCUGCUAGACAGUUUGCUGCAACAGAGAUCUUGAUUAUGGUGGCUCUCCUCGUGAUGCGGGCCGAUCUAGAGCCUGUGAGUGGUGCUUGGGAGGCAAGUCCAGCAUUGGACUUCAAUGAUCCGGUCACGGUAUUGAAUCCGAAGAAAGAGGUCCAAAUGCAUGUCAGCAUUCGAGGCCAAUGGACUGGAAAGUGGGUACUACACAUGUCACCAAGUCAGAGUCGCGUUCCUUUAGCUUCGGGAUGACGAUACCCAAAUCAAUUACACCACUUUACGGGCGUCAGCCUGCCUCGAACACGUAAUGGGCUUAGAAAUGCAGAAUCGGAAACUGCCUCCCGCGAGACACUUCAUUUCAAGCGCAGU